AUGACGACCUUCGUGGUAUCAUUAUUUCUGCCCUACACCGUAGACUUUCACGAGUCAAAGUCGGCGGCACCGAGCCCAAAGCCUGCUCAGGCUGCCCCUCCAAAGGCCAUCGACAUUGGGAAACAGCCUUCGAAGAUCAGUCUUCAACAUGUGCAGCCGCCGAGUGUCCUUAAGCGGGCGCCGCCCUCGCACAUCAACCUGCCCAAGACGCCUCUAGCUAUGCUGGAGCAGGACGACUUCUUCACCCCCGCGCAGCCGAGCGCAGCGACCCACUUCCCCAAGCCACAAGACCCUCGAAGUCUGGUACGUAGCGACGCCCACAUCCCAGAGUGGGGUGGCAGUGGCCUCUUCUUCAACCAGCCACAGUCGAGAGCCGACCCGGCACCGCCAGACACAAUACUCGAGUAUGCAAAGGCGCAGGAGCGAGCGCAGAUUCUGAAAGAGCGCCAGAAGGGCCCGCAGGCUGGGGUAAAGCCUGCAGACCCUCGCUGGGCUACCGACUACACCGUCGUGCCUGCCGUGCAGGGCAACGGGGGUUUGUCCAAUGCUGUUCGCGCUGCUGUCGACAACAAGUGCCUGAAGGACGUGCUCGCAGUCGGUCUGAUUGGUUUCCCCACAGACAGCAUCAACGAGGAGAAGAAGACUGAGAUCUACGAGAAGCUGGAGGAAGAACACGAGGCGCUCACCGUCUAUGUCAGCGACAAGGAUUUCGAUGGUCACUACGCACACUUCUGCAAGACCAUCUUGUGGCCAGUCUUCCACUACGUCAUUCCUGACCACCCCAAGAGCAAGGCCUUCCUUGACCACUCCUGGGUGUUUUAUGUAAAGGUCAAUCAGGCUUUUGCCGACAAGGUCGUCAAGAACUACAAGCGCGGCGACAUCAUCUGGGUGCACGACUACCACCUCUGCCUCGUGCCUCAGAUGAUCCGUCAGAAGUUGCCAGACGCCCAGAUUGGCUUCUUCCUCCACACCGCUUUCCCAUCAUCCGAGGUUUUCCGUUGUCUGGCUGCACGAAAGGAAUUACUCGAUGGCAUGCUGGGUUCCAACCUGGUCGCCUUCCAGACCCCAGAGUACGCACACCACUUCCUCCAGACCUGCAGCCGCAUUCUCUCCGUCGAAGCUACCGAGGAAGGAGUUCAGCUCGAUACCCGCUUCGUCAAUGUCUGGUCAACGCCCAUUGGCAUUGACCCCAGAGCACUUGCUCUUGCACGCGAAGAGCCCGAGGUGCUUCAGUGGAUACAGACGAUGCAGAAGCGAUACGAGGGCAAAAAGGUCAUCGUCGCGCGUGACAAGCUCGACAAUAUCCGCGGAGUACGACAGAAGCUUCUGUCGUAUGAGCUGUUUCUCAACAAGAACCCACAGUGGAAGGACAAGGUUGUUAUGAUCCAGGUCGCCACUUCAACAACAGAAGAUCCUGAGUUGGCCGCAACGGUCUCCGAGAUCGUCACACGAAUCGAUGCAGUCCACUCUACCCUCACUCACAACCCGCUUGUCUUCCUCAGGCAGGACAUUGCUUUCUCGCAGUACCUUGCUCUGCUCUCUAUCGCUGAUGCGCUUGCGAUCACAUCUCUCCGCGAGGGCAUGAACCUUACAUGUCACGAGUUCGUCAUCUGCCAGGAUGGCCGAGCCAGUGCGAAGAAGCACGCACCUGUCAUUCUCAGCGAGUUCACUGGCAGUGCCUCGAUCUUUGACGGUGCUGAGCUAGCUGUCAACCCUUGGGAUUAUGGCGGCAUCGCUGAAGCGUUCAAGAAAGCUUUGGAAAUGAGCGAAGAUGAGAAGGAGAGGCGUUACUCGAAGCUGCGCAACCAGGUCAUGCACCACACCGGCGACUACUGGGUCAGCAACCUCAGCGAAUACCUCGCCAAGGUCCACGAGGAGCAGUACCGCCGUGACACUAUGUCCAUUCCUCGGCUUUCUUCCAGCAAGCUCUCCAGUGCGUACGAGCAGACUUCAAGACGCCUCUUCCUCCUCGACUACGAGGGUACGCUCGCUUCGUAUGGCUCGGUCAAUAGCACUGUUCUUACCAACACGGAGCGCGUAAUUGACGUUCUCCGCGAGUUGUCCGCCGACAAGAAGAACGCCGUUUACGUAAUGAGCGGCCGCACAGUUCGGGAGACUGAGCUUCUGUUCGACCGUCUCCCCAACCUUGGCAUCAUAGCUGAGAACGGUUGCUUCCUUCGUGAGCCCAACUCGGACGAGUGGAUCCAGUUCCCCAACGAAGAAAAGACAAUCAUGUGGAAAGACUCGGUCAAGCCCAUCCUCCAGUACUACCUUGAGCGUGUGGAAGGUAGCCGUGUCGAAGAGCGCCACUGCUCGAUUCUCUUCCGCUACGACAAGGCCAGCGACCCUGACGCAUCUACCCGCCACGCCGGUGACUGCGCCAAUCACAUCAACGAUGCCUGCGAGCAGCAGCGCGUCAAGGCCAUCCCUUCACGCGACUAUGUCACCAUCGAGCCGGUCGACUUUGAUAAGUCCACUGCUGCUCAGCAUAUCUUCAAUAAGUACGAGGAGUCCACGCGACCUGACUUCCUCUUCGUUGCUGGCAACGAUCGUGACGACGAGGUUGUGUUCAAGUGGGCCAAGAAGCUGAAAGAGGAGUGGGUUGUACCCAAUGUGCAGACUGUCACUGUCGGAGACAGGAAUUCGGUAGCGUUGUCCACGCUGCCCAACGGCACCACUGGCCUCCUCGGCGUCAUGAACAAGCUCGCCAAGCUCCAGUCGUAG